UAAAUUGAGAAAUGAACAUGUUAUGAUUCAAUUUCAAUGUCCAUGCAUUGCCUUUGAUGGCAACAUUGACCCGCCUAACAUGGCCGCCACGUAGUCACGCUGUUUAACUGGGCUGCUCCACAGCGCUUGCCCGCAUACCAUGGGGUGUGUAGUGACGUCACAUCAGGUCCUAGCACGUGAUAAAACUGUAUUUAACUGCGGCGGCGAUUUAUCCUUAUUUAUACACUUAACCCUAAUGAAUUAAGCAUUUUAAGAACUUGACGCCAUACUAGAAUGUUUUAGAAUGACCAGAUUAUCUGGUUAUAAUGUUACUGAUUAUUAUUAUUAUUUUUUUCUUCAAGGACCUUUACGCAUCAUUUCCCCUCAGCGGUUGAACUGGGAAGAAUGGGAUCCAUACUGUUGUGGUUCCAGUAGCACCCAUGUAUGUGUCAAUAGCUAAAAUGUCGACAUUAAAUUAAUAAUAGGGGGACAUUCUGUGGGGUUAGGUGACAGUUUUCGCUCGUUUGCAAACAGUGGGACUAUUAUGUCGGGCGCGGCCGGUGGAGGCUCCUCUUGUCUGGGCGCAGCAGGAGCUAGUUGCAGCUCCGCCGGCCCUCUCUACACUACGGCGUCCGGGGGAGGAGCAGGGGUAGCCGGGAGGCUACCUGCUCGGGUCCUAGAGCAUAUUUUCUCCUAUUUAGAGCUCGCCGAUUUGACCCGAUGCGCGUUGGUGUGCUGGCACUGGAACAACAUUCUGGGGGAUGAAAACAGCGAAGUGUGGCGCAGCCUGGGCGCUCGAACAUUAAAUGAAGAAGCUCUGCGGUCUGACAUCCUGUGCAACCUCCCUUCAUACAAGGGAAAGCUCAAAUCCUUCCAACACGCUCUGAGCUCCCAUGACUGCUCUCGCAACGUGUACGUGAAGAAGAACGGAUUCACCUUGCACCGCAACCCCAUCGCCCAGAGCACAGAUGGAGCACGGGGCAAGAUCGGCUUUUCGGAGGGGCGCCACGCUUGGGAGAUCUGGUGGGAAGGCCCUCUGGGCACGGUGGCGGUGAUUGGCAUCGCCACCAAGCGGGCGUCCAUGCAGUGCCAAGGCUACGUGGCCCUUCUGGGCAGCGACGACCAGAGCUGGGGCUGGAACCUGGUCGACAACAACCUACUUCACAACGGGGAGGUGAACGGGAACUUCCCACAGUGUAACAAUGCACCAAAAUAUCAGAUUGGGGAGAGAAUACGAGUGAUUCUCGACAUGGAUGACAAGACAUUGGCCUUCGAGAGGGGUUUUGAGUUUCUGGGAGUUGCGUUUCGGGGACUGCCCAAAGCCUGCCUGUUCCCUGCAGUCUCCGCCGUGUACGGCAACACUGAGGUCACGAUGGUGUACUUGGGGAAACCACUGGAUGGCUAGGAGCCGUGUAUAACUAAAGGUUGCGAAGGCCGAACCGUCCUGUUUCUCCUAAGCAGCCCUUCGCAUUCAUAGCGAGGACUGUUGACAUUUCUACCACAUCUCAACAUGAAUCCUGAGUCAGAUUUUUAGACUGUGAAAAGGACUGCUUGUUUAUUUAUGCGUCAGUAUGGGAGCUAACACUUUUACAGUUUAGAUACCAGACUGCUUAUACAUGUAGGACAUCAAAUUAUAUAAACUUUUCACCCGAUUCAGCGCUGAACAUGAACCACAGAUUUGGCCCAUCUAAACCAUUGUAGACUACGGCAAACACUAAAAGAACUCAAUUUUAACGCAAUAAAGCUCGCUGUUAAAGAGUUAAAUAAACAGCUCAUUGUAGAAUAAUCUAUUAUAACCCUUGUUUAUUAUGAUUUGUAUGCCACAGCAACGCAACCUGACUCAGUAGUUGUCAUGCAUGGAAAGUGGCAUAUGGACGGUUAUAAUCAGUCGUUUUUAAUCCAACACAUCCAAUAAUGGUGGAAAAUGUCAUGUCAGUGUGUCCUUUUUAAUGUGCUACUAUAGUAUUACACUAUAUACUAUUUAUUUCUCUGUUUUAUCUAUGGUACUAUUACUGUAUGGUUGAAAAGCUGGAGAAUAAAGUUAUUACACGGUGCCACUCUGGGUGGCUUUUUGAUGCA